AUGAAAACAGAACUUCUGAUAAAGGAUGAUAAAUUGGUUCUUGUCAAGGGUAGAAAUUUUAAGAUAAAUCAAGGGCUUGUCAAGAUUGUUGAAAAUAAAUACGCUCCCAAUGUUGAAUACAUUUCACAACUUUUGAAUGCAAAGCUUAAACCCUUGUUCUCAAAGUUAUCACUUUAUAAGGGUGUUACAGAUGGCAAGGCUAAUUCGCAACAAGUGGGAGAUAGGGGAUCUAACAUCAACAUUGUAAAUCCAUAUCAAGUUCUUGAUAUUCAGAAGAUUCUCGAGCUUGAAAGGAAGAUUGUUAUUGGUGAACAAUCUAUGGAAAAACGAUUAGAAGGUAAAACUCCGGUUAUUCCUAAUGUUGCUUUAAGUUAUGGUACUGUGAAGAUUGUUUCGAAUACUGAAGUGGAUCCUAAUGAUGUUGAAACUAAAAGGAGGCUCAAAUUAAAGAGAUGA